AGCGACUCCCACUGCCAUUCUCCCCCACUCUCUCUCGGUGGAGCUGCAUCUCCGUCAAUCGGCGCGUGUGGUCGCCGGCUCGCCGCCGCCACGGCAGAGGACGCCUUCUCCCCCCGCCACCGCCCCUCCCAUCGUCAAUACCCGGCACCACCUACCUCUAUCUCCAAGUCUCUGACCCCCACCACCACACAUCCCGACCGAUUCCGAAGGCAAGGGGAGAGAACAGGAGCUAGAGAGGCGGGGGGGCGAUGGCGGUGGUCGGCGUUCUCGCCCUGCAGGGAUCCUACAACGAGCACAUGUCCGCGCUGAGGAGGAUCGGGGUGAAGGGGGUGGAGGUGCGCAAGCCGGAGCAGCUGCAGGGCCUCGACUCGCUCAUCAUCCCCGGCGGCGAGAGCACCACCAUGGCCAAGCUCGCCAACUACCACAACCUGUUUCCUGCACUUCGAGAGUUUGUCGGUGCAGGAAAGCCUGUGUGGGGAACUUGUGCUGGGCUCAUUUUCCUUGCAAACAAGGCGGUAGGACAAAAAUUGGGAGGCCAAGAGCUUGUUGGGGGGCUAGAUUGCACUGUCCACCGGAACUUUUUUGGGAGCCAGCUGCAAAGCUUUGAAACCGAACUUUCAGUGCCAAUGCUUGCGGACAAGGAAGGAGGCAGUAAUACAUGCCGUGGAGUAUUUAUACGAGCACCUGCUAUCUUGGAAGUAGGAUCGGAUGUUGAAAUACUGGCUGAAUGCCCUGUUCCUUCUGGUAGACCCAGCAUUACCAUACCAUCUGCCGAGGGUGUUGAGGAAGAGGUGUACUCAAAAGAUCGGGUGAUUGUUGCGGUGCGUCAAGGGAGCAUCCUCGCCACCGCUUUUCACCCAGAAUUGACAUCAGACUGUAGAUGGCAUCGCUUCUUCCUGGACAUGGACAAAGAAUCCCAUCCAAAGGCCUUCUCCGCGCUAUCUCUAUCGUCGUCUUCAAGAGGUUCAGAAGGCGGGUCAAAGACCAAGCCUUUUGAUCUUCCCAUAUUUGAAUAGCAGCUGGCGGGAAAGGGGGUCUGCCAAACAUUUAAGAAAAGAAAAUAACUAAGUUUUGAUCAUUCAGUUGAUGACAGGCUGGGCAUCCGUGAUAUUUCUAUAUCAAAAUUGUAUACCAUACACUUGUAAUAGUUGAAUACAAGUCAAUACACACUUGUAUUAUGAGAACCGAAACUGCUUCACACACAUUUUUCGUCCGGUUAUAGUACACACAAGUUUGAUCAGAA